AUGAAAGCUCUGUUGUUCAAGUCGAAGCCCCGGAAGAGGUCGCCGGAGGAGCUCGUGCGUCGUGUACGAGACCUCCUCAUCUCCGUUCAUCGCAACACCGAGACCCGCGAAAGCAAACGUCAAGAAAAGCGUUCUGAAUUGGAGAAACUGAUCAUGGAGAUGAAGAUAGUCCUUUAUGGCGAGGGUCACUGCGAACCCGUUCCGAAGCUUGAUGCAGUCCAUGUGUUUGCGAAUUUACAAAAGCAACAGAUUAAGCCAAGAUCAACAUUGAUUGCCUCUGACUAUUUGGAACAAAAUUUAGAUCUUUUGGACACUUUGGUGAAAGGCUAUGAAGACCCUGAUCUUGCUUUCUGUUAUGGAACAAUUUUGAGAGACUGCACGCGUCAUCAAGUCGUUGCAAAGUAUAUACUCGAUUCAGAGCACAUGAAGGAGUUGUUUGAUUAUAUACAAGACCCAAAUUUUGGGAUAGCAUCAGAUGCAGCAGCAACCUUUAAAGAGCUAUUGACAAGGCACAGAUCAACUGUUGCUGAGUAUCUUUCAAGAAAUUAUGACUGGUUUUUUGGGGAGUACAAUUCCAAGUUGAUGGGUUCUUGCAAUUACAUCACUAGAUGGCACGCCGCCAAGUUGUUGGGGCAGAUAUUGAUGGAUCGUGCAAAUUGUUCAGUGAUGAUGAGAUAUGUAAGCUCAUUGGAUAACAUGAAGAUGGUGAUGAAUUUGCUCAAGGAGUCGAGCAAGAAUAUCCAGUUGGAAGCAUUUAAUCUGUUUAAGCUUUUUGCUGCUAAUCCAAAUAAGCCUCCUGAGAUAGUCAAUGUCCUUGUCGCAAAUAGAACCAAGCUUCUCCAAUUCUUUGGUGGCUUCAGUUUUGAUAAAGAGGAUGAGCAGUUCACAGCAGACAAAGCUAGAGUUGUGGAAGCAAUUUCUACUCUUCAAAGCUUAAAUCGUUCAUGUGGCGCUUUAGACAAACGUGAGAAAAACCUUACUAUGGCAUGCAGUGUAUAGAAAUUCUUUUUGUGAAGUAUCAUUUAUAAUUUCAGGAGAGUAUAGUUCGCAAAUGUAGUGUUUUUUAGUGAGUUCUGGUGAGUUUCUAUCUCCUG